CGGUCAGAAAUGUUUUAAAAACUCUAUUUGCUGUGGCGUUACAAAAAUCUCUGUAGCUCCUUCAAAAUCCAAACAAUCACACUCACUACUCUUUUACGAUCUCUCUCCCUCUCUCUGCUCAAAUAUUCUACAUUUCUUCACGAAGAUAAGAUCAAAGCGACUACUCAGACCUAGAAAGGAUCGGAGCAAAGCUUACUCAAAUCUUUUUCUAAUUCUAUUUAUCUCAAAUUACACGAUAAAAUUCCACUCCUGCUUUUAACUCUCUCUUUUUUCCUCAUUUUGUAGGUCAGUUCUUCAAUUUCAAAGGCAUGGAACCGGAAAAUAUUGAUUGGAAUAGCGUGGAAUCCAUAUUUGUGGAAGAUGACACCUACGAGAACUUCGAUGCACCUCGAUGGGUCGAUCUCUCUGCUCCAGACGAACCCAUUGACGAUCAAGCAUGGUUCUGCAAUCCAGAUUGCAGGCAUCGGAAGAAUGCAGAAGAUUUUUUUAAACCAAUAGCCUAUUUGAAGGCUAAGCUUCUAAGAUCAGUGUCCAUUUCAGAAAUGCUUUCUUUCAGGGAUAGGAAUCGGAGAGAUGUGAAGCUGAAAGAGAGAGAAAUAAAUUCAACUUCAGUUGCUGCAAAAAUUCCCAAUCCAAAGUCUUUGAAGACUAAAGGAUCCAGUAAAGACAGUGAGAACAAGAAUCCUAAUGUUUUUGCUCCUAUUCCUAAUGUUAGUAUGAAUUCAAAGAAAGCAGCAAUGAAGCCAAGCACAGAGAAGAAGAAAAAGAAGCAUUUGGAUGAUGAGUUAUUAGAGAAUUCGUUCAAGGAUGGCCGAAAACCGCAGCUAAAGAGUUCUUUCUCAGAGCGUAAUCUGUUAACUGGACAGGAAAUUUUGAAUAAUAUCACGGAAUUCUGUUUUGAAUUGAAGAAAUUGGGGACGAAGAGUUGGAAGAAACCAACAGCGGAGAAUGGGUCGGGUCAGGUUUUGGGUGAGAGAGUUAGAGAAAGAGAGAGGAUGCCUCUGCUAGUGAGUAAGCCUAAAGCAAUGUAACACAGGAAAAAACAGAGGAAACAGAGGAGGGAAGUUUUUUUUAUAUAAUUAGUUUCUUAUCAACAGAUUAAUUAAUACGUUAUGUUAGAAUAUAGAACAAUUUUGGGCUUUUUGAA